AUGAUAGGACCCGAAUUCAAUAUAACACAUCCAUCGAUCUACCGUACUUCAACUGCAAAUCCUUUUGUACUUGCGGGUCUAGUAUAUGAGUCAAUACCACAUUGGGUACGUAGAUAUGCCCGUAUUCGACCUGAUUACUCAUUCCCAUCGUCAAUGAUCUCAGAUUUCAAAAAAAUUUCUCUCUCAAAUUCCGAACUAUACACAGUUUUAUUACUGGCCACAUUCUUUACAAUGCUUCGUUAUUAUCUACAAGUCCGACUGGAGUCCUGGACACAACAACACAAUAUCUAUCCCCGAUUCGCCCAUAAAGUACCAGAAUCCUUUUGGAAAUUGACAUAUUAUGGAACUGUUUGGAUUUUUGCAUUCUAUUUUCAUAUGUGUGUUGAGUCUCAUGAUAUAUUCAAAGAUCCACUUUCUAUGUGGGUUGAAUGGGAGUCCGGACACAAGCCAAAAAUGCAUUGGCAAGUCCAAGUAAUCUAUGCAGUUCAAUCAGCAUUCUAUAUUCAUUCGAUUUAUGCAACACUCUUUAUGGAUUUAUGGAGAAAAGACUCAUGGCUGAUGUUCGUCCAUCACUUCGUCGCUCUCGGACUACUAUUCUUGUCUUAUGUUGAUAAUUUCACCCUCCCUGGAGUACUUGUUCUUUUCCUACAUGACAAUUCUGAUGCCACUUUGGAAAUCACAAAACUCUCAUUUUAUCUGAAAAAACGAACAAAUGGACAAUAUUACAAAUACUAUUUCCUAAUGGGAAAUGCUGCAUUCAUUCUCUUUGCAAUCAUUUGGGUUAUCUUCCGCUUAUAUUGGUAUACGUGUAAAUUGUUAUAUGCAACAAUUUACGGAGCAGUCUACUUGGGACCACAGGAUGCUCCGUUCUUCCCUCUUCUCGGCGCAAUGCUUCUCAUUAUUUUUGCAAUGAAUGUCUACUGGUUCAAUUUUAUCGCUCGAAUGAUUUGGCGUGUUGCUCUGACUGGAGAAGAUCCAGAAGAUAAUCGUGAAUGGGACACAACGGCUGUAAGUGGUUUGAAUCAACAGAAACUUGACGAGUUAGCCACCGAAAAAUGUCACCUGAAGCCGAAAAACGCGUAA